AUGAAAAGUGGAAAAUAUACCUUAGGUUAUAAAAGUACACUUAAAACCCUUCGUCAGGGAAAAGAUAACAUUGAUCUUGGUACUGCAUGUGGUAAAUAUUUCCGUGUAGGUGUAUUAAGUAUUACUGACGCAGGGGAUUCCGAUAUUCUUUCAAAUACUUCUGGAUAA